AAUCUCGCUGUUGGUCACACUGGUGUUUACAUUUUGUGGUAGCAAUUAACUAGAAGAAAAAAAAAACCGAAAUGGAUGAUCCGACCGUACUAAUCCUGUCUUAUGGCUCAAAGACUGCCCUGGAAAUCGCCGAAGGCAUCCUGUCUGAAAUGGAUCAACCAAAGACACCGAUAAAUAACGAAGUUUCUUCACAUUUCUAUAAAUGCAAGAUUAAAACGAAAUACUUUAACACUUCGGUCAAUCUAAUUCCUUUCGACGGAAAGUGGGAAAAUGUUCCAACUGAAAUUACUAAAGACACUGAAGCUGUAAUAAUCUUUUUUGACGCCAACGAUAUGAACUUUUUGCACACUUUCUCAGAUACUUUCUUAAAGGAUUGUCCAUUGAAACUUGGGUUUCUGUUGACAACUUCGUUUCCAUGUGAGGAAAAAGGAAUAUCCCUGUCAGACCUGAGGAAGCGCACGAAUUUCAUUUUCGACUUUAUAUCUCUGAAGAGCAAUGCCGAAACCGAAUCGACAGCGACAUCAACUCCUGGUCCAACAGAAGAUCAAUAUCAAGAAAUUGUGGAUGGUUUGAGAAACGUUGUCUGGUCAAAUGUGGAGAUAAGUACGAAAUCGGUACUCGCCCAGCAGAUGAAAUCGUUAAGUUCUGAGGAUUUGGAUACGCAAUUAAAUGAUUUCGAAAAUCUUUUGAUUACUGCGCAAAGUUUACGCAGCGAUACCCGUUUAACGAGAGACGAGUUCCUCGACAAAGCGGAGGAGCUGGCCGGCGUAAUGUCCAACAUUUUAAAUGAUAAUGAUAGCGACUAAGCUUGUCUCUAACGUAUCGUUAGCGAACAUAUCGUACUCUUUGGUUACAAUAUACACAUAUACUAAAAUCUGA